UGAUGGCUAACAUUGCCAUGGUAACAGGAGGCUGUUACUAAGUACUGCGUUGCACCGUCGCUGGCAGACCAGGAAACGGUAGCAGUGUUGCUGGCACAGUCCUUCGCCACCGAGACAUCAGUGGGACUACACGGCACUGCAGGGACAUCAAUGGAAGGUCAGGGGGGUGAUGACUAUUAUAUUCCGAGGGAACAAGAGAAGCAGCAGUCUGCGCAUUGCUUUCACUCAACACGGAUUUCAGUCAAGGUAGACUGCAGGAGGAGCCAUAGCUGACCUGGAGCAGUGGCCUUUGCUCAGGUGUGAGAAGAAAGCGUCUCUCUUUGAUGAUGACGCCCUCUGCUGGGAGAAAUAAGAAAUGUGGCUUUCUAGGUUUCCUGCCCCCGUGAGAAGGAGCUACAGAGGGCCACCCAGGGGGAGACUGAGGGGCAGGGACGCAAAAGACACAAAGCAGCCCAGUGGACUCACACUAGCCUCCCUCCCUUCUGCGGACUUUUUGAUUUUCUUUCAUUAACUUCCAAUUUGAUCUUCUUCUUUGCGUGUACUUUCUUUAUUUUUCCAACGCAAUCAUUUGGUCUGGAACGAAAUUAGGAUUUUCCCUCAUAUUAUGCACAGCGAUGGAUACAGACGGCUCAGUGAUUAGCACAAGAGCUGAGGAUCAGUCCUUCCAUGUCCGCUACAGGAUGGAGGUGUCGUGCCUUGAGCUGGCGCUGGAGGGCGAGCGCCUCUGCAAGGUGGGCGACUACCGAGCCGGCGUGUCCUUCUUCGAAGCCGCCAUCCAGGUCGGCACGGAGGACCUCCAGGUGCUCAGCGCCAUCUACAGCCAGCUGGGCAACGCCUACUUCCACCUGCACGACUACGCCAAGGCGCUGGAGUUCCACCGGCACGACCUGACCUUGACCAGGACCGUCGGGGAUCUCCUCGGAGAAGCCAAAGCCAGCGGCAAUCUCGGCAACACGCUGAAGGUGUUGGGGAGGUUCGAUGAGGCCAUGGUGUGCUGUCAGAGGCACUUGGAUAUUGCCAGGGAUGUAAAUGACAAGGUGGGUCAGGCGCGAGCUCUGUACAAUUUUGGGAACGUCUACCACGCGAAAGGGAAAAGUAUUUGCUGGAGCGGAGCAGAGCCUGGAGAUUUCCCAGAAGACGUCAUGGCAGCCCUGAGGAAGGCUUCGGAAUAUUACGAGGCAAAUUUGGGCCUCGUCCAAGAAGUCGGUGAUCGGGCCGCCCAGGGUCGAACCUACGGGAAUCUGGGUAACACUCAUUACCUGCUCGGGAACUUUCGGAAUGCCGUGGCGUCUCACGAGCAGCGUUUGCUCAUAGCGAAGGAAUUCGGCGACCGCUCGGCAGAAAGACGAGCUUACUGCAACUUGGGCAACGCUUACAUCUUCCUGGGAGAGUUUGAAGUGGCAGCUGAGCAUUAUAAGAGGACGUUGCAGCUAGCGAGGCAGCUGAAGGAUCGUGCGGUGGAAGCUCAGGCGUGCUACAGUCUGGGCAACACGUAUACUCUGCUGCAGGACUACGAGAGAGCCAUCGAUUACCACCUCAAACACCUCAUCAUAGCCCAGGACCUCAAUGACCGGAUCGGAGAAGGUCGAGCGUGCUGGAGUCUGGGAAACGCCCACACUGCACUUGGGAACCAUGACCAGGCCAUGCACUUUGCUGAGAAACACCUGGAGAUCUGCAAAGAGACAGGAGACAGGAGCGGCGAGCUGACGGCACGUAUGAACGUGACAGAUCUGCAGACAGUGUUAGGUCUGAGCUACAGCACCAACAACUCCACCCUGUCUGAGAACAGGGACACCGACUACAAGUUGCAAGGGGCUAAGCCGAGGUUGAGCAGGAGGCACAGCAUGGAGAACCUGGAGCUGAUGAAGCUCACGCCUGACAAGAUGAACGGUCAGAAGUGGAACAGCGACAUCCUGAGCAAACAAAGCAAGCCUACCUUCACCAAGAGCUCCUCCAAGUUGUUCUUUGUCAGCCGUCUACGCGGGAAGAAGUUCAAGGCUAGCGGAGGUUCCGGUAAGGUCCUCCAGGAUGCCAGUAACACCCUGGAAAGCGGCCACAAGCGAUCCAGUCCUGACAUGCUCGGCGACGAAGGCUUCUUCGACCUCCUCACUCGCUUCCAGAGCAACCGCAUGGACGACCAGCGCUGCUCCAUUCAGGAGAAAGGCAGCAGCAGGUUGUCGCUCAACGGCGGCCCCCAGUCUCCCCCUAGGAUCAUCAGGAAAUCCGUUUCCGAGAACACUAACGUGUCUGGCGCUCAAGGCCGGCGGCUAGAGGACACCUCAGCUACAGGCGGGAGCCUGCCGGGCCUCAGACUCAACCAGAACAGCAACCAGGCCGUGCUCAGCCACCUGAUGGCCAACGUGGACAACGCCGAGCCCGACGAAGACUUUUUUGACAUGCUCGUCAAGUGCCAGGGGACCCGUUUGGACGACCAGCGCUGUGCACCGCCCCCUCCUCCGGCUCGCGGACCCACGGUACCGGACGAGGACUUCUUCAGCCUCAUCAUGCGCUCACAAGCCAAGCGAAUGGACGAGCAGCGCGUCACAUUGCCGUCUUGCGCGGCAAAGGCCAACCACAGCUAAACGAAGCACUUAGAAUUUCCCAAGCCCUUCUGAAAGGUGGCAUUUACAACACUUUACAAGUUCAUAAGCGGUAACAGGCAGCAUGUAGUAGAUUACGUGGAAGAAAUCUCUCAACUCUGCUCGCACAAGCGGAAUCAGGGACAAAAUGCUUUUCACAAAUGCGGUGUCAUUAUUUCACUUUGUGUAUUAUUUGUAAUUUGCUCAUGCAUUUCUUCUUCAUUGUUGUACGUUUUGUAACUGUUGUACGUCUGCCGUAAUGUCUUUUUGUGUCUCUCCUGUACCUACAAUGUUUGAUGAAAUAAUUGGGUACACCGCCAUUUUGAAGUGUACCUAAUACAGUGCUUCUCAAUUAUUUUCUGUUACGCCCCCCCCUAGCAAGAAGAAAACUAUUCGCGCCCCCCCUCCCCACCGUGACUAUCCUAACUUGUCUUGUAAGUCGUAAAAUGUUGCACUGUCGCAAACGUGACAGAAGUAACAAUGAGAGCGCCACUGCCCCCUGCUGUAGUAAACGCGCAAUUACACUUUAUUCUAGUACUCCCAAAAAGAAAGCCUGUUCCCCAGGGUCACACGCGCCCCCCCAGGAAUAGCACCGCGCCCCCAAGGGGGCGCGCCCCACUAUUUGAGAAGCACUGGCCUAGGUGACUGAUUCACAAUUUCGUUUUGUCUGAUAUCAGAGAUUAAAUAAAGAAAACCAACUGGCUGA